GUAGCAGGCCCACAAGGCCUAACCAAAGGUGGAGCAAAGCCUCCAUACUCUGCGCUGCGCCUCCUCCCCCCUCCAUCCAUCGCCGCCGCUUCCGCUGCGCUCUCCUUCAUCGCCAUCGUUGUUCGCCCUACGCCCGGCGGCGAGGAGAGGACGGGAGGAGACGGUCACCGAGAGCGUGUGUGGGUCACCUCGUGCCCUAGCGGGGCGCCCCAUCGUGGUGGUGGUGGUGGUGGAGGAUCCCGCGCCGGCAUGGAGGGAGGGGACAGCGUCCUGGACGCGGUGCUCGACGAGGAAGCCCUAGACUACGACGGCGAUGACGUCGAGAUGGCGGACGCGGACGACGCCGUAGAGGAGGCGCAGGCGCAGGAGGAUCCUGUAGCCAUCACCGCCCCCACUGCCGCCGCCACCGGAGGAGGAGGAGGAGGAGGAGAAGGCGAUGGCGGCGUGGGGCAGGCGGGGAAGAACAAGAACAAGAAGAAGAAGAAGAGGAAGAAAUCCGCGAGGACGAAGAACAAGGGGAAGCCCGACGGGCCGCCCAAGAUCGCCGACAUUAACAGAUUUGUUAAUGAAACUUGCAAGCGCUUGAAGGAGAAGAAGUCCUAUCUUGUUUGGAAUGCUGUUGGCUGCCUUGGUGUUUCUGCUAUCAGUGAUCUUGUUAGAGAGGUUGAGGCCAUCCAGAAGUGUGGAGGCCAGAUUGUUGCUGAUGGAAGUCGCUUCCGCACCGGUGGUGGAAUCCUGUGGAACAUCUUGAAGUCACGGGAGCCAAAGGCAUAUAAGGAAAUUAUGGCGAAGGGAAGGGAGCUUGAGAAGCAAUUCAGGUACAAACAAGGCAGGCCGCAAACAAGCAGAAAUGAAGAUGCAAGCUCACAGGGAAGUGCGCUAAUUGACGAGGAUAUUGAACCACAUGGUGAAAAGGAAGUAUCGGAUGAUCCUGAGCGGUUAAUUGACGCGGAGAAGUCACCACAUGUACCUGAUAAUAACAAAGCUGAACGCAAACCAUUAGCAGACAGGAUUCGUGUUCUUGUUGCUUAUGAUGAUCUAUUUGAAGAGGGAGAGAUACACGAAGGGGAUGCGCCAUGAAGUAUUUCGAAAGUCUUGCCCUUUCAACCCCUCUUGAGCGUUAAUUCUUGAAGCAAACAUCACCGAAUGGGAAAAAGGGCAUGUGUAUUAAUCGACAUUACAGUGAGGCAAUUCUUUUUCCAAUUUUGCCUUUAUAUGUGCCUGAUUGGGCAGUAAGGCAGCGGAUGAGUUUUUUGUUGAGAGCAGUGAGCUGAAACAAACUCAAUAUUAAUGGAAAGUUACGGCGGUAUGUUGGGUUGUCUAUGCGUUUGCAUAUCUCAA